AUGGAAGAAGGGAUCCUUUCUACAUUGAUCCAAUUCUAUGAUGCAUUGUAUCAUUGCUUCACCUUUCCUGAUUAUCAAUUGCUACCAAACUUGGAAGAAUAUUCAAGUAUCACUGGGUUUCCUAUUACUGGAAGGAUCCCCUUCACUGGUUUAGAAAAAGAUCCCAAGUCUCAUGAGAUUGCAAAGUUUACUCACUUAAGAAAAGAUGAGAUUGAGAAGAACAUGGUUACUAAAGGAGGAUUACUUGGGUUGCCUGCUGAGUUCUUGAUUGAAAAAGCCCUCACCUUGUCACAAGAGAGAAGAGAAGAUGACUUUGAGGCUGUGUUUGCUCUAUUGGUCUAUGGAUUGUACUUGUUUCCAAAUAUUGACAAAUUUGUUGAUAUGAAUGAUAUUAAGAUCUUCAUGAAAGGAAACCAUGUUCCUACCUUGAUUGGGGACACUUAUUACUCCAUUCAUCUAAGAAAUUCCUAUGGAAAAGGAAUGGAUAAGACUUUGGAUUGCUGUGGUGAUUUUCCUAAUGUGCCCCUCAUUGGUACAAAAGGAGGAAUCAACUAUAGCCCUGUGUUAGCUCGUCUUCAAUUUGGGUUUCCUAUGGACAAGAAGUCAAGGAAAAUUUUAUUGGAUGGAUUCUUUCUUGAAGAAAGAGUUGAAAACAAAGAGUUUAGAGAAAGGAUUGCUAAUGCUUGGCAUCCAAGCCAUAGAAAGGAAAUUAAAGAUUGGAAGACAAAAGAAGAUCUCUCACCUGAGCCUUUUGAAAGUUGGAUUGGUUCACGAGCUGCUGAACUUAGGAUGCCUUGUCUCCCUGGGACAUCUCUACCCCUUGUUAAGAAGUCCAUUCCACCUGUUGUGUCUCCUCCAACAAUUGAAGACCUCCAAGAAGCUCUAAGUAAGAUGAAGAAGUCAAGAGAUCAUUGA